GUGCUUGAAAGGACAUAAGUGGAAGAGCAACAUGAUCAAGCGUGUGUACUUUGGCAACUGGCUACGCGAUUACUCACAGGCUGUUGAUGUGGGCACGUUGGCCAAAGUUCAAGGCGAAACCAUUCGCGUCCUAGUCUGGGUCUUGUCUUUCAUGUCUUUUGGCUAUGCAACUGGAGAAUUCGAGGUUACAGCCGAGAGACUAGGUGUUUAUAGGCCCGAAGAGCAUAUCGACAAUCCUAAAGACUAUGCCGAUAAUGAAGACGCAAGAAAAUACGACCCUCGUCUUCGAGGACCAGUAUCAGAAGCUGAGCUCGCGGUGGAUCCAAACACCGGUAUGAAAAACUACAUCGCCAAUGAACAUGGCAACUGGGCUACAUCAAGCGGAUAUGUAAAGUACUCAUUUGCGCGCGCCAUCCACUUCGGCCGCCUUUAUACCCACGGAUCAUCAGGUCAACGCGGACGAGACGAGGAUCUAUCGGAAGCGCUUCGCUGUCUGGGUCAAGGACUGCACUGCCUCGAAGAUUUUGGAGCGCAUACUAACUAUACCGAACUUGUGCUACGCGAGCUUGGUUAUCACAACGUUUUCCCUCAUGUGGGCGUACAAGCUGGCAUUAACCUCCACGGAAAGCAUACAUAUCCGCUCGUAACUGGCACAUUUGGAGGUGUUGAUUUCUUCCAUUCCGUGCUUGGAGAAGCCAAUGACCACAUCACUCAGACUGAGAUCGAUGAAGUGAACACUGCUCUCGUAGAUGCAGUGUCUGGUGGACCUGGUGGACAGAGAAGCGGACCUGGAGGCCAGUCGAAUGCUUGUGGGGGGUUGAUCGACGUUCUUAGUAAAGUGCCUGGUACUGGGGAUCUCAUCAGACAAGCACAGGAUCUGCAGGCCUCUUCAGACGCACAGGCUGCAGAAAACGCACGCGGAGGUUACGGCGACUACAGCUCUUCCAGAGCUGGACCUAACACCUUCGAUGCACCACCUGGAUCUAUGGGCGGACCCCCAGGACCGGAUAUCCCAGGCACGAACACGGAUCCAGCCACCAUUAUCCCCAAGAUCUAUCCUAUCCUGGUAUUCCGCGACAACGUUGUCCGCAGCAUCUCAGCCAUCAUCUCCAAGAUCCCUGGAUUAGAGAAACUGAUCGAGACCAUCACCGAGCGCGUCACUCUAUUCGUGCUCUCUCUGCUGGCACCUUUCAUUCUACCAAUCAUCAAGACAGCAUCAUCACAGCUGAAGAGCGGCUCCUCUGCUGUCAUCGACUCAGCAGCCAAACAUCAGUUUGAGGUCUGGAACGACCCUUCCUCUACCAACCCAACCCACAGCAUGUUAUCCAAAGAUCACUUCUCGAACGUCUUGAACCCGCCAGCCGGUCAAGUCGCUGUAGCGAUCCUGCAGUACGUCGCACCUCGCGUGAUCUACGCUUGGGACCACCCAGACGUUCCUGUCGACGAAGUUCUAAACGACUGCAUGCGCGUUUUCCAUCACCCAGCACUUCGAGACCCGCACUGCGAAGUACACAACGAAAUGUUCAAGGUCGUUGAGAAAUGGGCCCGCAACUACCACGGCAAAGAUUUAAACCAGGUUCUGUCUUCGGAAUCCGUCAAGGCCGGGCACAAUCACAGUGGCGGGAACGAUCACUCUACAGGCCACAGCCAUGGGGCAGUGAAUAUGUCGAGCUUUGGAGGUCACAGCCAUGGCAGUGGAGGUAAUCACGGCGGUGGCUAUCCUGGCCAACAACAGUCCAGCGGAUCUAACGACCUUCUUGGUUCCUUGACCAGCAAACUUCCUGGUCCCCUUGGUGGUAUGCUCGGCAGCCUUGGCGGCAGCUCUGGAAAAACUCGCGACAUGGACGACAACUUCUCUGCUUCCUCUUCAUCAGCACCAGCACCAUACCAGCCGUCACCGUCACCGCAACCUAACCAGUGGGCUGGUUUCCAACCCUACCAGUCAUCCUACUCGGGUGAAGCCUACCAACCGCCCGCCGAGUACAGCAACGCGGUACCUUCUGGCGGAUACGGAUGGGGUCAGGGCCAGUACUCGGGAGGCCAAGGUGUGGAGCCUAGCUAUACUGUUCCUACAAAUUACCAGCAGGGGUACGAGAAUUACAACACCGGGCCAGGAGGCUUUGCUCAACCACCAGCUCAACAGCCACCUCCGGGAUCUUAUGGGGCGUAUGGACAGGGCGGUGCAUAUAACCAAGGUCCGUCAGAGGGUAGUGCAAGGCAGUGGGGCAGCGGCGGGAACUCUGGAUGGUAAUCGCCAGUGCAGAUAUUCGAGUGUCGACUAGGGCCAGCGUGCUUAAAGUCCUCGGAGGUUCCAUAGAUUCAUGAAUAAUGCAAACACGACCUUUCGAUCUUGUCAUUACGGCAAAGGCAAUAGAGUAGAGAUUCUUGUUUCAAUGUUUCUUCCCCACAUUCCUUCAGCAACCUCAUAUCUUUGAAUUCCGACGUCUUGUAAAUACAUGCAUCGAAGAAUCGCUUUCCAAAACAGAUUUCCCCAAGCCAGAUGAUAUGCCAAAUGAACGCCGGCCGUUAUGCUAGCGUCUCGCGUUUCGUGAAUCUUUGGGUAGUAUUGAUA